AUGUCUGCCAUGUCGAGUGAUGAGGAGAUGCAGGAGUUCUCCGACGACAACGAAAACUUUGAAGAUGAGUUUGACGAAGAAGACCCCGACUUUGGCGUAAACCAAGACACCGAGAACAAGAAGAAGGUUGCCUACGAUAUAUCCUACAAGGUGUAUGAGCCUACGGACAUUCAACGACAACAAGAUGACAUGAUUGACGAGGUCAACAUGAUCCUUAACCUUCGCAAGGAAGAUGUGGCCAUCUUGUUACGACACUUCCGCUGGAACAAGGAGAGAUUGAUCGAGGACUACAUGGACAGGCCGAACAAGGUUCUCGAAGCGGCAGGACUCGGCACAAACGUAACUGGCCCUCCACGACUCGAGGUCAUACCCGGAUUUAUGUGCGACAUUUGCUGUGAGGACGAUGCCAGCCUUGAGACAUUCGCCAUGAAAUGUGGUCACCGAUACUGCGUCGCUUGCUACCGACACUACCUGAACCAGAAGAUCAGGGAGGAGGGCGAGGCGGCGCGCAUCCAGUGCCCCGCUGACCGUUGCGGCCGGAUUCUCGAUUCCAAGUCGCUCGACAUCCUCGUGACACCCGAACUGAGCGGGCGGUAUAAGGAACUGCUGAACAGGACCUAUGUGGAAGACAAGGAUGCUCUCAAGUGGUGCCCAGCACCAGACUGUGUCAACGCCGUUGAGUGCGGCGUCAAGAAGAAGGAUCUCGACAAGGUAGUCCCCACGGUGGCCUGCGCUUGUGGCCACCGGUUCUGCUUCGGCUGCAUCCUGACUGAUCACCAGCCGGCCCCUUGCAGCCUGGUCAAGCUGUGGCUGAAGAAGUGCGCGGACGAUUCGGAAACGGCAAACUGGAUUUCGGCCAACACCAAGGAGUGCCCCCGCUGUAACAGCACCAUCGAGAAGAAUGGAGGCUGCAACCACAUGACGUGCAGAAAGUGCAAGCACGAGUUCUGCUGGAUGUGCAUGGGUCUGUGGUCCGAACACGGCACGAGCUGGUACAACUGCAACCGCUUCGAAGAGAAGAGCGGCACCGAUGCCCGUGAUGCGCAGGCCAAGUCACGCGUGUCGCUAGAGCGCUACCUCCACUACUACAACCGCUAUGCGAACCACGAGCAGUCGGCCAAGCUCGACAAGGACAUUUACCACAAGACGGAAAAGAAGAUGGUGCAGCUGCAGAAGGAGUCUGGCAUGUCAUGGAUCGAGGUCCAGUAUCUCAACUCGGCGUCCCAGACGCUCCAAACGUGCCGCCAAACACUCAAGUGGACCUACGCCUUUGCUUUCUAUCUCGCGCGCAACAACCUGACGGCCAUCUUUGAGGACAACCAAAAGGACCUUGAAAUGGCGGUGGAGGCUCUCUCGGAAAUGUUUGAAAAGCCCGUUACGGAUCUCGCCGAUCGCAAGCUCAAGGUUGAUAUUCUCGACAAGACGUCAUACUGUAACAAGCGCCGAAUUAUCCUGCUCGAGACGACAGCGGAGAACCUUGCCAGUGGUGGCUGGGAUUUCAUCGUUGACCUCAACCCGAAGGGAGCCUCUGCCACCGCAGCCAACACCCGCGGUUAG